UCCUUUCUUCUACCCUCCCAUUCAUAAAACUCACUUCCCUCCCCCUCGGUGGUUGCAACAUCAUACCCACAGCCCUCAACCGCAGUCGCCUUUAUACACGAGCGAGUGCUGAAGACCCACUCGCCUGCUAUUCACCUCCUUCAUAUUAUACCCUGAAUAUCUGGACUGUCUUUUCUCCUCGUGCGUGGAGCCUACCCACUCCACUGGACUAUACCAACACGCAAACGUCGUGUGCAACGGAGAGAUGAGAAUAGCCUCCUGAAACCACGUGUUGCUAAAUGCUGCUUUAAAGUGAAGACGUGCGUGGCACUAGCCGACCCAUGGAGUCCAGGGUUCCCCACCACAUCCCCGGAGUGUCCUCCUCCCUCAUAUCUCAGCCUUUACUGGACAGUCGAGUGCCCUACGGACGUCUUCAACAUCCUUCCCCCAUAUACUCCAUUGAUCAGAUAAAGUCAUCCCACGUGGAAAACGACUAUAUCGACAGCCCUGCUGUUGUCUCCCAGCAGCCACUGAGCCAGAAGUCAGCCAACCGUAGAAUUACCUGGCUUGGCCAGAAUCAAGAGGCCUUCCUUGGGGCAAACCACAACCACCAUCAUAAUCAUCAACAUCAGCCCCACCAGCAGGGCAGGUGUGAGCCUCACCCUCACCAGGAUACCACCACCCAUCCUUGGAUUUCCUUUAGUGGGAGGCCCAGCUCCAUCAGCAGCAGCAGCAGUACUUCGUCUGAUCAGAGGCUGUUGGACCAUGCAGCACCCACGCCUACAGUGGACCACCAAACAAACUUGCACCCUAACCACGGCCCUCUCCACGCAAUCAGUACCCAGACGCCAGGCUGCUUCAGUUCUUCUAAAGUCCUCACUUCCUCGUCCUCUGCUUCCUCUUGCUCAUCUUCCUCUAAAUCUCUGGACCUCAAAUCUACAAAGAUCCCUGCAGGAGGUGUGAGCUCCACUGGGAGCCAUCAAGGGUUGGUGCUGAUCCCUUCUUCCCCAACUGAGAAGAAGCAUCUGCUUCUCUGUGAGCAUUGUGGGAAGUGUCGAUGCACGGAGUGUACACUCCCCCGAACCUUACCCUCUUGCUGGGUCUGCAACCAGGAAUGCUUGUGCUCCGCUCAGAGCCUGGUGGACACAGCCACCUGCAUGUGCCUGGUCAAAGGGAUCUUCUACCACUGCACCGAGGAUGAGGAUGAUGAGGGUUCCUGUGCAGACAAACCCUGUUCGUGCUCCCAGGCCAACUGCUGUGCUCGCUGGUCCUUUAUGGCCGCCCUUUCGAUUGUCCUGCCUUGUCUCCUCUGCUAUCUACCAGCUACAGGUCUGGCUAAACUGGGACAAAAGUGUUAUGACAAUGUUAGCAGGCCUGGCUGUCGCUGCAAGAACUCACAGGGCAUCAAUGUUCCUGUGUGCAAAAGUGGAGGCAUGGAAGCGAAAGGUGGGACAGAGAAGCCGCAGCAGGGGUCAUGAUAGUGGACAAGACUGUCAAGAGGUGGCCUUGCUCUUAAAUGGACCAUACAGUACUCACUUAAUCUCUAUGGACAGGACAAUCCAACACAGACCUAUGAAAACUACCCCAUUAAUCUGCUGGAAGAUGAAUUAUAUUAAAGAAAGGUACUUACAUGGCUUUUUUGACCUGUUUGGCAGUGUGGAUGAUCAAACUGGGCCGUCAGAGAGUUGGCCAGUAAGAAUAGCAAACAGGCCCUCUGAGAUGUUCAUCGAGUUUUUGUAAGUGUGACACAAGAAGAGGAGACGUGACUGUGGGACUGGUGUUUGUACUGUGCAAGAAUGGAGGCACAAGAUCGUUGUACUUUUCUGCUGCUCAAUAUUUCUCAGCUAAUUUUGUAAUUCAAAGCUAACCUGUAACAGAUUCUCACAUUACUUAAGAAUUAGUGAUAGAGAUAAACAAAUAAAUUUGCCCCCACCCACCGCUAAAAGCACAGCCCAACGUCAAACAGUAAAACAAACGAUCAUCUGUGGAAAAACGAGGCUUUGGAGUUAGCCUUUGCAGGAAACUACUUCUUCAAGCAUUACUGACUUUACCAUCUUUUAGUGUUGCCAUUUCUCUCCUUUAAAUACAUGAACUUGCUAGCAUUCUAUCUCUAGUUUUUUAUCUUCAUGUUGGAGUUGUAAAAACAAACCUUUUUAGACCUUAAAAUGAUAGUAAUUUCCCAUAAUUCCCACUCCGUAUUGUGCAGUUGCGCUGCACGUGAGGCAUAACACUUUAAUGUGUAUUUUCUCUUUUUUGGGUGGUGAAGCUUAGAUAUUCUGAAAUAAUUGAAUGCCGUUCACAGAUCAUCUCAGAUGUAAUGCAUGUCACAAUCUGCAUGCUCUAGUCUAAUGGUUAUUCAACGUGCUAUAGGAGUGGAUUUGUAGUAGAGAAAUGUGUAGAAAAGAGGGGGGAAAAAAGUACACCCAAACUUCUCAGGGACUGUCUUGGUUACCUCCAGAACUUGGCCUACUGCAUGUUUGAUUUCUGAACUGCCUAGGAGCCUUGUCUGUUUCCUCUUUGCUUCAAAAGGCAAAGAAACAUUUAGGGGCCAAAAAGGCAUUUGUGAAUAUUUGAAAAGUUUCUAGAGGAUGUUAAGAGAAUAACGACAACGAGGGAGAGGAGAAGUUUUGGAAAGUUCUUGUGUUUGUAUCCAGUCAGCCUUUGUUGAAAUCUAACCUGCUACUUGCACAAUCUUCUUAGGACCCCUUAAAGGAUGUACUAAAGCACAGUGUUGACCACCUAAGCUGUUUGGCCAUAACACCGGCCCACACUACAGUUAGCCGCACAUCCCUGCUUCUCCACACAUCAGUGUCUUCAUAAAAUUCUAAUAUGCUGCAUAGCUGUGUAAGUCAGAUCUUUUAUUCUUCAAAGUCUAUUUUUGUGGCUUGCAUGAUGUUCUCAAAACUUUGCCAAAGGAAGCUCAAACACAGUAGCAUGCUUCUGGAGCCUGGGUGAUCACAGUUGUCGCGCACUCCUGCCAAAUGGAGUUGACGGCAGUUGGUCGUUAAAGGGGAGCAGCCCUUUGACACAGAUGGCCAUUUCUCUCUGGUAUGAAGGCAUACCGUUUUUGUUGCUCCAUAACACACAACUCUCUGUUAAGUCAGACCCUUAACUUCCUCUUAAGGGAUGGGGUGGGGGGUGGGGGGUUGCUUAACUUUGCUCAUACUUGGGUUUGUCUUGUUGCACAAAACUGGUAUCACGCAGGAAAAGAGCAAGAAAAAAGAAAACAAGGUCCUUAGCGUUGAAUGUAUAAGGCAAUAUUUCAAAUCCUAGCAAUUCAGUUUGAGAGAAUGGUGCCAAAACUGAGAACGAAUGUGUUACGGGGCAAAAGGCCUGUCAGGUGACGGUGGGCAGAAAAACAAAAUCCCAAAUGUUCUGACAUUUAGUAAUAGAGCUAUGCAGGUGAAAUGUUCUUGGUGUAAAUAGUUUCACAACAUUUGUGUUCUUUAGAAGAGACUUUUAAAUGUCCUUGAAAGAUUGCAUGGUACAUUAUAACUACAACUCAGUACAAAGUAUAUAGAGAGUAUAUUAGAUAUAUAUUUUGAGGGUAAGAAACAGGUUUUUUUUUAGGUUGCAAGGAAGCCUAAAGCAGGGGGGAGGAAGGACUGGGGACAAAAAGUUUUUUUUCUAUCACUCGAUUAUUCAAUGUGUGCAGGCAAUAAAGGAAAUGAGUGGAAAGAAUCAGAUAUUUAAGCUAUCCGUGGCUCAUUAGCAGUCAAGAGUUUAAGCUAAGUCCUUUCUGGGUCUUGCAGACUGUGUGGACUCAUUGAAUCAAACACCAUUUACCCCAAUUAGUCCACUUCCUGCUGGUACUUUUCAGUGUCACAGCUCUUUCUCACUUGCAUUUUUGUCCUUUUUUUUUUUUUUUUUUUGCUCGCCGUUCUCCCUGAGAAACAGUCCUGCAAACACCCCCAGCCUGCCAUGAUUGACACACGCAGCUGCGGUGCAUAAACUUGUCAUACCACAGAGACACAGAAGAGACAGACAUGCCUGAAUCUUCUUUCUCCUCCUUUGUUUUUUUUAUUUUUAUUUUUUUACAGACACCUCCUCUCUGUUGCCUCUGUUUUUCUCCUGAUUUGUGCUUGGUAGCCCCCCUUAACACCAAUGGAGCUUCCUUUUAACAUUAAUGGCCUUUCUUUUCACUGCAAAAACAAUGCUUUUUCACUUUAACUUUACACUGUCACAUGUGCUCGCUAGGCUGCUCUGAAUGUGGAAAAGUCAUCAACAACUCAAGAAAAUUCUUUAUUUUCUUUUGCUGCAAUGCGGUGGCUUUUACACACCAAACCCCACAGAGUUUUUAACGUUAUUUUCAGCCCCAAUGAGGGGAAAAGUGAUUUGUUACUCCAUUCCUUCAGACCCUUGCUUUGUCAUUGUUGGAGAUUCAGAAACAAGAUCUGUGCUUUUUUGUUUUUGUUUGAAUAUAACAAAAUAAGAAAGAAAAAAAAUCUCAUAUAAAAUUCCCUUUAUAGAUAUAUUUAUUUUGAAGUUCUAUUUUAUAUAGUAUUUAUUUAGAUGCCAACUUUUUGUUUGUGAAGAAAGCUUAUGUCGAAAUGGAAUGUACAUUGACAAUGGAAAUAUAUAUUGUUAAAUACA